CAGUAGAGCUUCUUCUUCUCCGACGAUUGAGAAAACCCGCCGUCCUCUAUCGGAGAGCAGAGCUUCUUCUUCUUCUUCUCCUCCUCUGCCGAGCCCGCCACCGCGCCAUCCUGUUCAUCAUAAUCAAUUCAUCAUAUUUCAUCAAUCGCUUCGUCUCUCUGUGCCGUUGUUGCUGCUGCCUUCAAUUGAUCGUGCUCAAUCAAAAUCAGUCUUCAAUUCAAAGAUUGAUGAAGGAAGAAAGGGAGUGAAAUGCGGUAUCUAUGGUGCCAAUUGCCCUGGGUGGAUAAUAAGCAUGGAGGUUGUGGCUGGAGAGCUUGAACUGAAUCAUGAAUGCAAUUUGAUGCACUGGUCACCAGAGGAUUUCGAAUCUAAAUUGCAGGGGAUCUUGAUUAAUGGGCAAUUCCCAAGGCCCACUAUAGAUGCAGUUACAAAUAAUUUAAAAACACCAGGGGAUGAAUUGGAAGUGAAUCUCAAGAGUUGGGCUGUUAGCUCAAUAUCUAGCUUUCAGAAUAUUUACUUUUUGGAGAAUUUGAUUGGGAAGGGUGGUUAUGCUGAGGUUUACAAAGGGCGUUUGCCAAAUCAUCAGUUAGUAGCAGUUAAAAGACUAACAAGAGGAACAGCUGAUGAAACUAUAUGUGACUUCUUAUCAGAACUUGGAAUCAUGGCUCAUGUAAGCCACACCAACACUGCUAAAUUGGUUGGUUAUGGUGUGGAAGGUGGAAUGCAUCUGGUUCUUGAAUUGUCUGAAAAAGGAAGCCUAGCUUCAGUUCUUUAUGGGUCCAAGGAGAAGCUUCCGUAGUCUAUUAGGCAGAGAAUUGCAUUAGGAACAGCAGAGGGAAUAUUAUAUCUUCAUGAAGGUUGUCAAAGAAGAAUUAUACAUAGAAAUAUAAAAGCUGCAAAUAUCUUACUCACUGAUGACUUUAAGCCUCAGAUUUGUGAUUUUGGGCUAGCAAAAUGGCUACCAGAGAAUUGGAAUCACCACAGUGUUACAAGAUUUGAAGGGACAUUUGGGUUUGUAACAUUAAGAAAUAAAUAAAUUAAUCCUCUAUAAUCUAUAUUUAAUCAUUUUUUGUAACCUCAUAAUAACUUAGGUAUGGGUGACACAGAUACCUUGCUCUAGAAUACUUACUCCAUGGCAUAGUAGACGAAAAAAUAGAUGUAUUUUGCCUUGUUAUCUAAAAGUUUAUAUUUAAAAGUUUAUUUGCUUA